AUUGUAGCACUUCUACAACAUUACAAAGAAGAUGUAUCAUUGAAGUGGAAGAUGAUAAUGCUAAUAUUGAAGAAACUACAAAGUCUCGAUCAAAACAAUCUAAUGGCCGACCUUUAAGCUGUGAUGAGGUUAUCGUGUUUGAACGAGGAAGACUUCAAUUUCCAUCCUACAAAUUCAUUUCUAAUUAUAAAGUUGGUACAAUUAUGUUGAAAACAGACUCGGGUAAAAAGUACGGACAAUUUGCAAACUAA